UGUGGUCGCCGGAAGUGUCGUGAAGAAUCGUCCGCUAGGAACCUUACCGGAGUCGACUUUUCAUCGUAUGGUAUUAACGAUGAUGUUGAAAAGACUCCUGAAAUACAGUUUUGGAGCAGGGGCACUUGGAGGCAGUGCAUAUUUUCUGUAUAAAAAUGAAUGGGAAGUGUCAACUCUUGGAGCUGUCAGGUUUGGAAGGGCAGCACUGACAAUAGCCCGCGUAGCAUUAGACUAUAAACUUAGUCUUCAAGGUCAAGAUUCUAGUACUGAAGAGUAUAAAAAAAUAAAGUCAGACGUUCACCUGCGCUCUGCCUUACGCCUGAGGGACAUGUGUUGUGCCAACGGUGGCUGUUUUAUCAAAGUGGGGCAGCAUGUAGGAGCUUUAGACUAUCUGCUUCCACAGGAGUAUGUAGAGACCAUGAAAGUUUUACACAGUAAAGCACCAGAGUCUGACAUUCAAGAUUUAUAUAAAGUUAUAAAAGAGGAUUUAGGAACAGAUUCCUCAGAACUAUUUGCCAGCUUUGAUCCCCACCCCCUGGGAGCAGCCUCCCUGGCUCAGGUGCACAAAGCCUCACUACAGGAUGGUACUGUGGUGGCUGUCAAGGUGCAACAUCCUAAGGUCAAAGGUCACUCAUAUGUGGACAUGAAAUCUAUGGAGCUCCUAGUUCACUGUAUUGCAUGGCUAUUCCCAGAGUUCAAAUUCUUGUGGUUAGCUGAAGAAAUGAAAAAAAACCUGCCAAAAGAGCUUGACUUCCUUCAUGAAGGGCACAACUGUGAGAGAAUGGCCAGAAUAUUCGCAAAAUUUAAAUUUCUAAAGGUUCCAAAAAUAUAUUGGGAUUUGUCUAGUGAGCGUGUAUUGACCAUGGAGUUCUGUGAGGGAGGACAGGUGGAUGAUAAACAAUACAUGACAGAACAUGGCAUCUCUGUCAAUGAGGUGUCCCGCCAGCUUGGUGAAUUGUACAGUGAGAUGAUUUUUGUCCAAGGUUAUGUCCACUGUGAUCCUCAUCCUGGCAAUGUGCUGGUAAACCAGACUGAAAAAGGACCUCAGAUUGUUCUGCUGGACCAUGGUUUAUAUACUACCUUGACAGAUUCUUUUCGCCUGAACUAUGGCCACUUAUGGACCUCACUCCUUGAUGCUGAUCUGGAGGGUAUGAAGCACUAUGCAGAUGUGAUGGGCUGUGGUGACCUCUAUGGACUGUUUGCAUGUGUGGUGACUGGCAGGUCAUGGACAGCUAUUUCCUCUGGAAUUAAAGAGGUCUCCUACUCUACUGAAGAAGACAAUGAAAUUAAAAAUUAUGCUGCCACCUAUCUGACAGAAAUUGCUGCAAUUUUGAACAGAGUUCCCAGGGAGAUGCUGCUUAUUUUAAAAACCAAUGACUUACUCAGAGGAAUAGAAUUUUCUUUAAAAACACACGCAAAAGCCAGUUCUUUCAUCACAAUGUCACGGUGCUGUGUACGAGCCAUUGCUGCUCAAGAGUUACGAGAAUGUACCUCCUGGUGGUGCAGAGUGAGAGUAACAGUGCACCAACACAUGUCCUUAUUGAAGAUAGACUUGUACGAGUUCUAUAUAUGGUUAAGAGAAACAUUUAUCAUAAGUACUUUUCUAAGUGUAUUUUGGCAUAGGUAACAUUGUGCUAUUUGUGUAUUCAUUUGUGAUGUUUUGGUCCAGUGGUAUUUAAGUACUCAGGGAAGAAGAAUUUUUAAGUUAAAAUUUGUUUUGCCAGGCAGAUGUAAAAGGAUAUUAAAGAGGAAGAAAAGAGUGUAGUUUGAGACAUUUUUCAGAGCCGAGUAAAAUAUUUUAAUGCAUGUAACCAAUCUUACUAUCUAUUAAAAUGUUGCAUGUAAUGUAUAAAGUUGAAUAUUUAUCCCAUGUUCUGGGU